GCUUCGGUCAUCCUCCAUCUUGUAGACACCGCAGCUACAGAGGCUUGCAGUAAAUAAAACAAACUUAUAAGGGUGAGCAGAGGACACAAUGAGCACCCUGAAUGUAAAAAAGCUCAAAGUCAACGAGCUAAAAGAGGAGCUACAGCGGCGUGGCCUGGACACUCGCGGUCUGAAGGCCGACCUGGUGGACAGGUUGCAGGCGGCACUGGACGCAGAGGCCGCCGGAGAAGCCACGCAAGAGCCGGACGCCGGGGAAGAAGAUGAAUACAGUGAAGAAGAAUCCGCUCUAGAGGCACCUGGUAACGGGGAAGCCGACAUACCUCAGAGUGACGAUGGAAACGGCGAAACCCAAGAGCAAGACGAUAACGAGAACCUCGACAGUGCUCCUGAUUCUGGUUUUGAAAUGACCGACGUUGCUCCAGAUGAACAGGGCGAUGAGAAUCAGGAAGAAAACUGGGCCGGGGAUGAGCCAGCUCAGGAUCCUGAGGUGAAGCUGGAGUGUGAGGAGCCUGCAGCGGAGCAAGAGGAUCAGUCACAGGAGCAAGAGUCUCAGGAGCAGGAGGCUAGUGAACCAGCUCCCUGCAAAGUAAAAGAAGAGCCAAAGAAAGAGGAAGACGUGCCCGAAAACUCAGAAGCAGCAAAUCAGCAUGCACCUUUGGAAGGAGACCAAACACAUCAAGUAAAGACAGAAGAGGAGCGAUACAGUCGGAAAAGACCCCACGAUGAUGGCAGAGGAUAUGGCUACUAUGAGCAUCGUGAAGACCGAAGGGGGCGAUCGCCUCAACCUCCAGCUGAGGAAGACGAGGAGGACUUUGAUGACACGCUCGUGGCCAUUGACACUUAUAAUUGUGACUUGCAUUUUAAGGUGGCUCGUGACCGCUACAAUGGCUAUCCACUUACCAUCGAAGGAUUCGCCUACUUGUGGGCAGGCGCCCGAGCUUCCUAUGGUGUUACCAAAGGACGUGUUUGCUACGAAAUGAGGAUCAAUGAGGAGAUCUCAGUAAAGCACCUUCCCACAUCCGAGCCUGAUCCACACGUGGUGAGAAUUGGAUGGUCCCUGGACUCCUGUAAUACCCAACUUGGAGAGGAACCCUUCUCUUAUGGCUACGGUGGAACUGGCAAGAAAUCCUGUAACUGUAAAUUUGAUGACUAUGGGGAGAAGUUUGGUGAAAAUGAUGUCAUCGGCUGCUACAUCGACUUCGAAAGCCAAGAGCAAGUGGAAAUGGCAUUCACUAAAAAUGGCAAGUGGCUGGGUGUCUGCUACAGCAUCCCCCGAUGCGACCUGGCCGGCCGCGCUCUCUUCCCGCACGUCCUGGUGAAGAACUGCUCCGUGGAGUUCAACUUCGGCCAGCGUGACGAGCCGCUCUUCCCCCAGCCUCCGGGUUAUACGUUUCUACAGGACCUGCCGCUGCAGGACCGAACCAGAGGAACAGUCGGGCCAGCCAACAAGGCUGAGUGUGAGAUCCUUAUGAUGGUCGGCCUGCCUGGUGCUGGAAAGACCACCUGGGCCAACAAGCACUAUCAACAGCACCCAGAAAAGAAGUUCAAUAUCCUGGGUACCAAUGCCAUCAUAGAGAAGAUGAAGGUGAUGGGACUCCGUAGGCAGAGGAACUACGCCGGCCGUUGGGACGUUCUCAUCUCGCAGGCCACUCAGUGCCUCAAUCGCCUCAUCCAGAUCGCCGCCCGCAAGAAGCGUAACUACAUCCUAGACCAGACAAAUGUAUAUGGAUCAGCCCAGAGACGAAAAAUGCGUCCUUUUGAAGGGUUUCAACGCAAGGCUAUUGUAAUUUGUCCCACGGAUGAGGAUUUAAAAGAGCGAACGUUAAAGCGAACUGAUGAGGAAGGGAAGGAUGUGCCUGAUCAUGCUGUUUUAGAAAUGAAAGCCAACUUUGCGCUGCCCGAACCCGGGGAGUUCCUGGACGACGUGACCUUCGUCGAGCUGCAACGCGACGAAACCGACGCGCUGAUCAAGCAGUACAACGAGGAGGGCAAAAAGGCCGGCCCGCCGCCCGACAAACGCUUCGAUAACCGCCCGGGAGGCUUCCGUGGACGCGGGUCUCAGCAUCAGAGCCCCCCGCAGGGCGGACGAGGCUCGUACCAGAACCGCGGCUCUGGCGGUGGCGGUGGCGGUGGCGGAUUCCGCGGAGGUUUCAACCGCGGCGGCUACAACCAGAACCGCUGGGGGAACAACUACAGAGAUUCAGGCAACCGGGGAGGCUACAACCGUACCCAGCAAUCAGGGGGAAGCUUCAACCACAGUCGCCAGGGCUCCUACAACAAAGGAGGCAGCGGAGCAGGCAGUAGCUACAAUCAGUCCCAGCCUCAGAACUACGGUCAAGGUUAUAACCAAGGCUACAACCAAGGCAGCUACAGCCAGGGAUACAACUACGGAAACUACGGCCAGUAUCCAAGCUACAACCAGCCCUACAGUCAGGCACCUGCUGCCACGGCCCAGGGAUACAAUCACCAUCAGCAGCAGCAGCAGCAGCAACAUCAGCAGCAGCAGCCGGCACCACCGGCCCAGCAGCAGCAGCAGCAGCAGCAGCAGCAGAGCUAUAACCAGCAGUACCAGCAGUACGCUCAGCAGUGGCAGCAGUAUUACCAGAACCAGAGCCAGUGGAAUCAGUACUACAACCAGUACGGCGGCUACGGAAGCUACCAGCAGGGCUCCCAAGGCGCACCGCAGCAGUAGCCACAUCCAGCUCCGACGCUUCGUUAUCAUUCCAUCAUUGCCAUUCUUCUUCGACCUGUUUUUAAAGUUUCUAUCCCCAGCCUUACCCAGUCUUCCUUCCAU